AUGUCCAUCGAAAAUUUUACGGUACUGCACACGCCCUUUUACGAUGACUUGCCACGCACCUUCGUGCGCGACGACAGCAAAAUGAGCGAAGAAACACUUUUCGGUCCAUACGCGCAGACAAUAUGGAACUUUGCGUACACUCAUCAAAUGCAAUUGACAUUCGAUCGUAACAUAAGCGUCGGCAAUCGCGCCAUCUACGAACGCAUCUACAGUGGUGAGUGUAAUUUAUCGAUGAAUGGCGGCACGAUAGUGCGGCACGCUUCAGCCGAUAUACAAUUCAGUUAUCCACUCUACGAGGUGAAGAAUUGCGUGAUGGUGCCAAUGGGCGCCGAAUUGCCCAAGUACUGGUAUAUCGUGUGGCCCUUCGGACGCUACAUUUAUAUGUGUAUACUCUUUGGUAUAUUUUAUGUGGCCAUACUGAUGAGAUAUAUCGAAUAUCGGACAAACGAAACGAAGCCGACGCGUUCCAUUACACGUAAUAUUUUGCACAGCAGCGCCAUCAUAAUGUUCAGUUCGAAUAUGAAUGUACAGCUGAAGAAUGCACACGUACGCGUACUCAUCUUUUAUACGCUUCUCUUUGUGCUCGGUUUCAUUUUGGCCGCGUAUCAUGCGCCCUGCCGCCGGUAA